CGUUUCUGCGCACCUCGUCCUCGACCUCGACCUCGACUAUCCCAUCACGCUCUUCACUCUCCUUCCCCUUACGCGGAAGAUUCCUCUUUGCCUUCCGUAAUGGCUUUGGCACCGAAUAGAUAGAGCCCGCAGCUUCGUCUUUGUCUUUGGAUUCUUGAUUCUCGCUCGGUUCUUCACCUCCACCAGAUGCCUCUGGUCCACCCCGUCCGUUCCAUCCCGGUCUCGCUUGCUUUGUGCUCCCUAGCAUCAGCAUCAGCGUCAGCAUCAGCAUCGUCCUUCUGAAGGAAGAUUUGAUUUUUUUCGGCAUCUUCGCGCACCCUCCAAGACUUCCCCAACAAUGGCCUCCCAUCGCUCCCGCGGCGACGUCUCCCGCGCAUCUUCGUCCGACCCCUCCGACCGCUCCCAGCCAGGGCCCAGCAUGCCCUCUCGAUCCAUGUCCGCCGACCCCUCCGAAUCGACCGCCUUGCUGCAGACCGCGCUCCCAGACGUUGCCGUCCACGAGGGCCCCUGCUCGCAUGGCACCUUCUCCCCCCGCGUCCCGAGUCCGGUGUCGAGCAGUCUCCUCGGGAGAGAUAACGCCCAGUCGUCUUCGACUAAUGGGCCCAUCGACUCGGUCGUGAACACGCUGUCUGGCAACCGUGACUGGAGGAGAAAGUUGGCCAAGAAGAUGAAGACGAGGAGUGCACACACUUCUCAGGCAUUGGCUGAGCAAGCCGGCUUCGAUGCCAAUGCUCGGAUGUACAUGUCCUACUACCUCCCGUUCCUAAAUUGGAUGCCCCAGUACAAGUGGUCCUACCUCAAAGGCGACUUUACAGCUUCCCUGACCGUCGCCUCCGUCUACCUCCCCAUGGUCCUCUCCUUCGCCGAGAACCUCGCCCACGUCCCCCCGAUCAACGGCCUCUACGCCUUCGCCAUAAACCCCCUGAUCUACGGCCUGCUGGGCAGCUGUCCGCGGAUGCUCGUAGGUUCGGAAGCCGCCGGCUCACUGCUCGUCGGUUCCGUCGUCAAGAGCAACCUCCGCUCCGGCCCAGACGACGACGACGACAUGCUCCAAGCCCGCAUCUGCGGCGUAGUUACCGGCCUGGCGGGCGCCACCAUCCUGAUCGCCGGCAUCGCGCGCCUGGGCUUCCUCGACAGCGUCCUCAGCCGGCCCUUCCUCCGCGGCUUCAUCUCCGCCAUCGGCUUCGUCAUCUUCGUCGACCAGCUGAUCCCCGAGCUGGGGCUGGCGCGCUACGCCGGGGACGCCGGCGUCAAGCACGGCAGCACGGCCGAGAAGCUCAACUUUCUGGUCCGCCACCUCGGCCGCGUCCACAAGCUCACCUUCGCCGUCGCCGCCGUCAGCUUCGUCGUCAUGAUGGUCCUCCGCCAGGUCAAGAUCAGGAUGCAGCCGCGGUACCCCGGCGUCGCCUACAUCCCCGACCGCUUCCUCGUCGUCCUCGUCUCCAUCAUCCUCUCGUGGCAGCUGGACUGGGAGAGCCAGGGGUUGGAUGUCCUCGGCGAGGUCAGGGCGGCGUCUGGGCACCUGUUUACCUUCCGGUGGCCGUUCCAGCCGUCCCAGUUCCACCUCAUCCGGGAAGCCAUGCCGACGUCUUUUCUCAUUGCCCUUCUCGGCUUCUUCGAGUCGUCCAUCGCCGCCAAGAGUCUCGGGCCCUCGGAUCACAUCCAGAUGCAGCUCAGCCCGAACCGCGAACUCGUGGCCCUGGGCGUUGCUAACCUUGUGGGCGGCUGCUUCAUGAGCUUGCCCGCGUUCGGCGGCUAUGCGAAGAGCAAGCUGAACAGGCAGACCGGAGGCAAGAGUCCUAUGAGCGCCAUCUUCCUCAGCGGCUUUGCUUUUUCUGUCAUUUUCUUCUUCCUUCCCUAUCUCUAUUACCUACCGAAACCAGUCUUGUCCUCCAUGAUUUCCGUCGUCGCCUGGUCCCUCCUCGAGGAAGCCCCCCACGACAUCGCCUUCUUCCUCAAAAUCCGGGGCUGGAGCGAGCUCGGCCUCAUGGUCACCAUCUUCGUCGCCACCAUCUUCUACUCCCUCACCCUCGGCAUGGCCAUCGGCGUCGGCCUCUCCGUCCUGCAAGUCAUCCGCCACUCCACGCGCCCGCGGAUCCAGAUCCUAGGCCGCAUCCCAGGCACCCACCGCUUCGAGAACGCCGAAGCGAACCCAGACCGCCUCGAGUUCUUCGAAGGCUGCCUGAUCGUCAAGAUCCCCGAGCCGCUGACCUUCGCCAACACGGGGCAGCUCAAGAACCGCCUGCGCCGGCUCGAGUUCUACGGCACCAACGAGGCCCACCCCGCGCUCCCGCGCAUCCGGCACGAGGAGAGCAACCGGAACGUCAUCUUCGACAUCCACGGCGUCACGUCCCUCGACGGGUCCGGCGCGCAGGUGCUCAAGGAGAUCGUGGCCAACUACCGCGAGAGGGGCGUGCGGGUGUAUUUCAGCCGCGGCCCGGCGGACGAGAGGCACCAGGUGUGGAAGAUCAUGCGGAGGUCGGGCAUCAUGGACUUGGUGGGCGGGCCGAGCCAUUUCGUCGCGGAUGUCCAGGAGGCGCUGAAGAUGACGGAGUACGAGCAUAGCAUCACCAAUGCGAGGUUUGGGUGAGCGGUUGCAUUAUUGUUUUUCGUGUUGGAUAAGGUAUGAUGAGCAUCACGCGGAAAGAGGCGCCAAGAAUUACACUUUGCUGUUGGGACAAGAAACAUGGUUCGCAUGGGAAAGACUUCACAACGCGGUAGCAGCAUUCGUUGCGUUUGCCACGACGCCGUAAACUAGGUAUGACUUUGGCGCCCGAAAAGGUCAUUAGCAACGGAGUAUACAGAUAUAUAGAAAUAAGAAAUAAUAGACAUACCCUACUACUAGGCCAACAUUACGCAAAU